AUUACACAGUUAUGUGUACAAUCAUAUACCACCAGAAAAUACACAUAUUCAUACAAUGCAUUAGUCUAUGUGGAAAUUAAUUUUUUCCUCCACCGUUAUUUCUAAGCCUUAAAUGGCACAAAAUACAGUGUAUCACAGACCACAUCAGGCACAUCUGUAAUGUAUCUGCCUGUUUUACACUCUCAACUCAACUUUAUUUAUAUAGCGCUUUUACAAUUUUCAUUGUUACAAAGCAGCUGUACAUGAGACAUAUUGACUAUAAGCAAAAUAAUUAAAGUUGUACCUGCAAAAACAAGAAAAGGUUGAAAACACAGAAGACAGACAUACCCACAUACAAAACACUCCACACACACAAUAUGCACAUGUACUAACACACAUAGACAUAGAGACACACACACACACACACACACACACACACACACACGCACGCACACACGCACACGCGCACUCUCUGGCCACCAGAUGGUAUUGUGAGCAAAUGAAGCCUCGAGAAAUGAACCCUUUUGUGAACCACUUGGCUGAAAAGCUUCAAUGCUUCAUGAGGCUUCAUCUCGCCAUCACUACAAAGUACCCAGUACCGUGAUAUCUAUUAUAAAGCAUUGCUUUAAAUCGCUCUCCCGGUAUUUUUUAUAUCCGACGCCGAUAGGUCUGCGCAGUGCUGCAUGAAGUCGGACACCUUCCGUCUUCCUCUUUCCGUAGUGACAAUUUCGGGUCUGCCCUAAAACGCACUCUCAUGUGCCGUUCUUAAAUGCCUCACAGUCUGCACUUCUUUACGUCACCAAGUGUGGACUCGCAGGAGCUCCACAAGCCCGGAGUACGCCAUUUGGGACAGGGCUAACGUGACUAAAGCUACGUCAUCACUACGCGUCAUACACUUCAGUACCCACAUGGUUUAAAAUAGGUCUAUGGUGAAGUUUGUUUUCAUUGUAGUUCUAAUAUAAAUGUGAACAUUUUCUUAAUGGUGUGCCGUAAUUCAUUUAUUUAUUAACCGUUAAGCGUGUUUGAUAGUGAGGCAGGAGUCUACAAUGGCACUGUUUAUGAUAAAUAGGUACUUGGGGGAGGAGGAGGACAGUGAAUCUAGAGGAGAGUCUCGAUCUAGAGCUCUGCUGGCUAAACUGCAGGAACGAGCCAAAGCCAGAGAACAACAGAGCAUCUCAAACAUAGCAGACAAAGAAGAUGACGAUCAGGGUAACAUAAAAAAGAAGAAAGGAAAACCUGGACCGCAAGAGACUGAGGAAACACAACAGAAAUCCCAGAAAAGAGGAAAACAGGCUAGAAAAACAGAUUUUGCUGACGGUGGUGUCAUUUUGAUAAAGAAACGCAAAAGAUUAUCGCUAUGCGAUGAAAGUGCAAAAACAGGAGAUGAUGAACCAGAUAAUGAGAAGUUUGCAGAAACAACAACAGAGAAAACUGAAGGUGACAUCGAGAAAAGUAAGGCCAUUGAAACAGAUGUAAACCAACAGAUUGAUGAGUUACAUGCAGAGAACAACGCCUCCCAGACCGGUUUACAUAUCUUGGGUGGGUUCAAAGAGAAGACUGCGCAAAAGGUCAAAAGAGUUUUGCCCCAGUGGUUGGCACAGCCUAAUGUCAUUGAGAGGGACAUUAAGGGUAACCUUGUCCCUGUCAAUGAGGUACCGGGCAUCUGUCCAGUUCUGCUAAAGAAGCUCAAAGCCAACGGGAUACAGAAAUUUUUUCCAGUUCAAGCUGAAGUCAUACCUGCCAUUUUGAAUAGUGUAAGCUCAGAGCUGCUGGUCGGUCCAGGUGGCUACCGGCCCAGAGACAUCUGUGUUUCGGCACCUACAGGAAGUGGAAAGACACUGGCUUUUGUUAUACCCAUUAUACAGGCACUUUCUAAGCGUGUGGUGUGUGAGGUCCGUGCAUUGACUGUACUACCCACCAAAGAGUUGGCACAGCAGGUGUCAAAUGUGUUUAGCUCAUAUGCUGAAGGCACUGGUGUGAAGGUAGUCAUGAUCGCAGGACAGAAAUCGUUUGCUGAAGAGCAAGCGCUGCUCUCUAAAAGCAGAGGGGGUGUUUGUUGCAGUUUGGCUGAUAUUGUUGUGGCUACGCCAGGCCGUCUUGUGGAUCACAUCAACAAACACAACAAUUUCAAUCUACGACACCUACGAUUUCUGAUAAUAGAUGAAGCAGACAGGAUGAUUGACAGCAUGCAUCAGUCUUGGCUCAGCCAGGUGACUAAAGCAGUGUACAGAUGCCAAGGUGACCCACAGAUGUCAGUCUUUAGAAGAAUACUGCCUGGACCAAUAACAGUGUCAAGUUUGUCUCCACCACAGAUGCCUCUGCAGAAGCUGCUGUUUUCUGCCACUCUCACCCAUAACCCUGAGAAACUACAACUGCUGGAUCUGCACCAGCCACGACUCUUCAGUUCCACAAAGACCUCUACAGACACGGCCACACAAAACCAGGAGUCAUUUCACUUUCCUCAGAGCCUCUCUGAGUAUUAUGUCCCCUGCACCCUAAACAAGAAACCACUAGUCAUCCUUCAUUUCUUGCUUCGGCUCAAAUUCAGUCCUGUUUUGUGCUUCACCAACUCUAGAGAAACAGCACACCGACUCUAUUUGCUUGUGAAGCUCUUUGGCGGCGUGGAUGUUGCAGAGUUUUCCUCCAGACUAAGCCCAAACGAACGACAAAGAACGCUCAAAGAUUUUGAGCAGGGGAAGAUCCAACUAUUAAUAAGCACAGAUGCUGCUGCGAGGGGCAUUGACAUCAACGGAGUGAAAUGUGUCAUUAAUUAUGAUGCUCCACAAUACAUCAGGACGUACAUUCACAGGGUGGGACGAACAGCGAGGGCAGGAAAAGCUGGGCUGGCUUUCACUUUCCUUUUAAAAGUGCAGGAAAAGAGAUUCUUGCAGAUGGUGUUGGAUGCAGGCAGUCCUGGCAUACAGAGGCAGAUAGUCCAACCAGAAAGUCUUAAAGGCAUGGAAGCCUGCUUUGAACAAACACUUGUUGAGCUUGGCAAAACUGUGAAGGAGGAAAAUGCGAAGAAGCGAUCAUGAGAAAUGAACACAUUUUUUGAAUUAUUUUUAUGUCCAAUGAUGAUUUAAAGUUUUGAAAGAAAGAAAUUAUGUACAUUAUAUGAACAUAAUGUAAUAAACUAAAAUGCUUUUAAUAAAAUGAAAAUACGUACGCCUGUUUUAAUGCUUUAAUAUGCACAAUUAUUUUGCAUAAAGACACAUUUAUUAUAAAUUACAUUGAUUGACAUGUUUUUGUGUUUCCUUGCUAUUCAGCCACUGUGUCUACACCGGACGCGACCCGAUGCAACACAACAAAAGACAAUAGAACGCGUUAGAACUCAAUAUCAUUUUAAAUUUUGUCCACACUGGAUGCGAUGCGACGCUACAAUCCCAUUAGAACAAGCCGUGUGUCAUGUCGCAUCAUAGUGAAAACUAGAAAAAAAUGGAGUAAAAGAAUUACUGAUGAAGUGCUUUAAAAUUGUAAACUCCAGCCAGGCUGGUAUGUCAGCAUAUCCCUGAAAUCAGGGAUUCAGCAUUUUUGUUCUUCAUGUUAUGAAAAACAUGCAGGUUUGUGACCUAGUUACUUUAGAAUGAUGAUGAAUUUCUGUUUUGUUGGAUCAGACUGUUAAGAAUAGCCAGAAAAAAGCAAGUUUCACAUUUUAACAGUAUGUGCCUCUCUAUGUGCCUUAACAGUAUGUGCCUCUCUUUGCUAGAUCUCUAAAAAUCUAGCAAAGUAUUUUU